AUGCGGGUUAAGCCAGCACACGCGGGGGCAGCAUGGUUCACUAGUCUUUCCGACUUCCAGGUCGAGGCCAUCGACGGCCUCUUUGUGGCGCUGCGGGACGACAGUGCCGAGGCCUCUGUGUACCGGACACAAUUUUGUCUGUCCCGUUUGGGACUUACGCCCAUGGUGAAGACCCGGUUGCUUCGUCAAUUGAUUGCCAUGAGUCGGUGCAGCGAUCUGGCCUUCUUGUUUUUUUUGAUGGAGGCCUGCUACAAGCGUCCGGAAUACGCCUACAGUGCCCGCAUCCUGGAAGGCGGCAUUAUGUACUUGGAUCUGGAAAUGACCAUGAGGGAGCUGGACAAGAUCCUACCUCCCGGCGUGGAUGCACCCAGAGAUUCUGUGCCACGACCAAGCUGUAGUUCGAGGGCGACAGCUCCACCGAAACCAAUAAAGAAAAGCACCCGGUCGCCCUAUUAUUUGCCACUGCCAAAGCCCAAGACACCGGCGAACUUUUCUAGCAAAUUCACCAGUCAGCCACCACUACACGUGGUCUCAUUUCCGUUUUGGCCAGCCGGCGAGAAACCCAACUACAAGGUUGACGAGAAGAGCAGAUGGUUUGCCACCUAUCGGUUCGAGCCGAUAAGAAGGAUGCUCCUUGACACGGUGGGCGAAAUCAUGGAGGAAUACUGGAAGGGCUUGGUGGGAGCCGACUUGAAGCCCUUGUGCGCGACGUGCGCGUCGCACGUGGAGGCCGGUAAGCAGGCUCAGCUCAUCAAGGACGAGGCGACAGUCAUGGCCAGGGACAGGGCUUUGGCUCUGAUGGAUCUGGAUACACGUAAGAAUGAGGCUCGGAAAAAGCGAAUCAUAGCCAUGCUGGAUAGGGACAUCGAGGAGUGCACUCGGCGCUGGCAUCGUCUAAGGUAUCGCCAACAUACCGACGUAAUGCUGCUGGACGAUGUAAAUCAAAUGUGUUCCGUGGACAAGGUCCCCACUGCAGUGGAACCUAAUAAAAUGAACUACAUCAACCAGGAAGCGGAUAUUCGGAAACUAAGUGUGGCACCCAAUAUGGAUGUGCAUGUUAUAAAAGGAAAAGGAGAUGUAAGCCUAGUAAGGACUAUUCGUAUUUCGGACCUCGAUGAGGAACCCGAUUGCCCUUGGCAUCCUACAGAGAGGAAGCUGAGCACAUGUCCGCCCCAGAUCCUGGGUCGCAAAAAACCCACCAAACGAGUAUAUAUGGAGCAUAAGAAACCUGCAGGAGAGAAGGACUAUGAACCUUGCGAGAGGCCUUUGAGGAAAGGGCGCUUCUUUGAACGGCCCCGUCCGAAUGGUCCUUUUGUGUUCCACUACCAUGAGCUAGCUCCACAAGACGAUGAUCCGGCGCCUUUGAAUGUGAUUUGCAAUGAGGCUGUUAGGGUUAUCCGGGAUCCAGAUUCACAAAUGUCCUGUUCCAGCGAUAAUGUCUACAACUGCCGCCUUGACCCGCGCGCCCAGGUGGUGAAUGCCAUUGUGGAGUGCGUCGAGGAAAUGUGGUUCGGAUCACUGGAGACCUACGGACAAACGCCAUUAGAGAAAGCACAAGACGAGGCGGAUCUUUUGAAUCCAUGUGCCAAAGAUAUUGUAGGACCGCUAGAUUGGACCAAAAAUAUAGCCAAUUUUGAUCCCGACAACAAGGCGCUGAUGGAUCGCCUUUUGAGAGAUGGAUUUAAUGAGCUUAGAAAGGAUCCGCGUUGCGUCUAUGCCAGUUUCCCUAACUCCCACAAGUCCUUUGUAAUGUCCGAGUGGAUAAAGCGGAGGUAUGGAAAGACCUACAAUGAAAAGGAGAUCUGUCGUUUGGUUAAAAAAGGAAUACCCACAUUCCACCGGGUGGCCAAUACUAUGAUGAGUCCUCGUAGUCCAGACCCCGAGGGCUUCACUCAAGAAGAUACCUUCGGUGAUGUGGAACGUCUAACCAAAAUGGCAAACGACUUGAAGAUUGCCUACCGUAUGGACUUCAACAAUACCAUUCUCGACAAGGCUCGUAGGCUCUGGAUGGCCAUGGUACCCCAUAUGAACAAGGAUAGUUCCAUGAUCAAAACCUUUUAUGCUUACCUUCCUGUCCGGUACGCGGACAUGCUGGCUUAG